AUUGAGAUGGAUCUGAAUAAAAAAAAAAAGUACGCGUGUGCCCUUCCUCAAUAUUUCAUCCGCUUCUUUUUUCCCCUUUCUAGUUUCUACUCCAUCGAUCCUCAUUCCUUCUCCUACCUCUCGAUUUCUUCUGCAACAAGCGGCUCCACUGGUUCGCCGACAGCCUCCGCCACAGACGAAGCCACCGACAUCCUCCGCCAUAGACGAGCCGCCGACAACUUCCUCUUGCCUCCGCCAACGACUCCGACUUAUGUUGUAGAAUCAGGUGUUGGUGCAUAUACACCUUGAGGCUUGAAUUCAAAACCACCAAAAAGCAAAAAUGGCUUCUUCUUCUUCAAAGUUCCUGAGAAGGUUAUCCACAUCUCUCAAUUCCAUACAGAACCACUCACGUUUCUUAUCGUCUUCUUCAAAUUCUAGAAUAGUUCUUGAACAUUUGAGUUUUGCUCUUCAUCCUUCUUCUUCCCUUUCAUAUAAUGAUAACCAUAGUCGUAUUGGUAGUAGAGAUUUCUGCUCUCAGACUUCUAAUUUGAACCAAGUUCUUUCUCAAGGACCUGCUGCCAUUGAUUACAGUUCUUUGCUACAGGAGGAUGAAUUUCACAAACUAGCCGAUGCAACAAUUCAUGAUUUAUUAGAGAAGAUAGAGGAAUAUGGUGAUUCUGUUGACAUUGAUGGUUUUGACAUAGACUAUGGGAACCAAGUUUUAACUGUAAAGUUUGGUGAUUUGGGAACAUAUGUGCUGAACAAACAGACGCCAAAUAGACAGAUUUGGAUGUCUUCACCUGUCAGUGGUCCUUCGAGGUUUGACUGGGAUCAAAAUGAUGAAGGUUGGAUAUACAGGAGGACAAAGGCUAAACUUCUAGAAACACUUGAAAAUGAGAUACAUCAAUUAUGUGGUGAGCCUAUAAGACUUUCUUGAAUGCCACGUGGCAUGUUAAUGUUAUAGGUUUACAGUUUUGAAGUCAAUCUUCUUCUGCUAUUGUUCCUAGUAUCUAUUUGUAUCGCAUGCAAUAAAAGUUGUACAUUGCUGUGGAUUUGUUGACUAUAUACUUAAAGUUAAAUACUUUGAAAGAAAUGUAUUACUACCAUUGAAGAGACAUUAGGUCAAGACGGAUUCUUUUGAAAAUUGGAAGUGAGUGGACAAUUCAAAGAAAGGG